CUGUCGUCGGCGGUGACCAGCGAGCAGAUGCGGACGCUUUUUUCCUUCCUAGGAGAAAUCGAAGAGCUGCGGCUCUACCCUCCAGACAACGCACCUCUUGCUUUUUCCUCCAAAAGCUCUGAUAGUUGUUCCUUGUGCCGAAGAUGACUAGACUGGCCAAGGCAGACCUGUUACACUUGCCUGAGUUAGGCAUUGUUUGCCAUGCCACUAAACCUGCCGUCAAGUGAAAUCUUCAUUGGGGAAAUGAGAUCGGAGUCUGAACCGCAGAAGAUGGACGCCCUGUCUCUGUUUUUUAUUGUUUUAUUUUAAUUUCAUUUCUUUUUCUUUAUUUUGUCCCUUUUUUUGUUUUUUGUUUUUGUUUUUGUUUUGUUAAAUCUCUUUCACUUUAACCUGUGAGCUGGUUUUCCAGUUCUUUGUAAAUGGUAUUUCAUUAAGGUUCAUAAUAUUGUGUUGCAAAUUAUAUUGGGAGAUUAUUAGCAGAGCUACUUCGACCUUAAGAUAAAAUAAAUUUUCAUGAGGUAAUUUAGGAUUCAGUGUUGUAAAGCUCAGUGUGAGUCUUAAUUGGUGUUUAUAGAUUGAUCAGGUACAUUUCGUUCUUGAAACACUGUAUAAAACUGAUUAAGAAUCUUAACACUUUCUGAUCUCAAUGAAAUAUUUUUGUAGUUUUUUUUCCAAGUCUACGUCUCUGAUACAAACAGCUCCCAAAUUCCGUCAUUUUCCCUAGAAUUUUAGGCAUACUAAAUCAUCAAGGAAAAUAAGUAAAUUUCUUAUUGGGGUGGGGUUAGGAGAAAAGAAGAGGCUUUCACUUUUAUGAUGAUUAUUCAUUAUAGAAAAGAACUUAUUUCCUUGACUUAUGAAGACUUUGAGCUGCCUACGUCGGGAAUGGAUAUUUCAGAAACUGUUGAUUAUUUAUUUGCGUAUGUGUUCUUUUGUUUGCUUGAAUUUUUUGUCAAAAAUUCUUCAGAUGUUACUAGCUUCUAAUGGAUUCUGAGAUUAGGACUUGUACUUUCAUUCUGUGAGAUAUGUUUUUCCCCUUAGUUGUCUCUGAGAAGUAUGGUUUGGGGAAAAUGCCAAAUGCUUAUUUGUUUUAUACUUGUAUACUCUAGCAUUUGGAAGGUAAAUUGGAUAGAACUCGUUUUUGAAAAUUUUGCUAUGGAACUUUUUUCUUGUUUAAAGUACCUUUCAUGGUAAUUAGAUAAGAAAAUAGUAUUAUGCUUACAGUUAGACUUAUAGAUUUAUAAUAAUAGUCUAUUACUACUGCGAGAGGGAGUCAGCCUACUGAUACUUAAGCCAGAAGUGAAAGAAUUUAUAAUAUAAAGUAAUCAACUUUUGGCCUGCAUUAAAUACCCCUUUUAUUUGUGUAGUCUUUUUGCACUGUCUUCUAUGGAUAGUUUUGCUUAUUAAUUGACAAGUAAUAUUAAAUUUGGGUCAUUAGUAGAUUGGAAUUCUUAAUUUCUUAUUUAGCUACAUAAAUUAGGAUGACAAAACAUAAAAUUUCCACCUAAAGACAUCAGUUGAUAAAUCAAGAUAUGUUUAGGUUAUAGAAACUUGUUAUUUUAAAAAUACCUGUUUAUAACAGUUAAAUCAUAUCUAAUACCAAUAUAAAUAGUGUAGUGUAUAUGUGGGUAUACAUAGAUGUGCUAGUAUUAGUAACUCAUAAGCAUAAAAUAAAUUGUUUUAUCUUCAGUAAGGUCUUCCUACCUUUUGUCUAUCUUAAUGUUAAAUCUGUGCUUCUGCAGAAUUUACAUUCAUAUAAUAAAGUAACUUUGUUUUUGAAAUUAGUAAAUUAAAGUAGUAUUAACUUAGAUGCUGCAAAGCUUAGACAAAUGUAGGGAUUUGCUAAAGUUAAUAAACUGAUUUUCAUUUGUUCCUAUAAAUAAGGCAUAGCCAUUAUUUAAGGCACAUUUUUAAAUCCAUCUUGAAUUCUAUCCAUUUUUAGAGAUAUAUUCAGAUAAUAUUUAGAGGUCUAUCCCUGCACUUAAUGGUUGUUUUAAAUAGGAUUUUUACCACUAAAACCCAGCAUAUUGCUUUUGAAAAUUUACUCCAUAUGCUAUAUUUCCUUUUAGCAUGAUUUUGUACACUAUCUUAAGUCAUUUUUAGAGAACUCAUAAAGGAAAUGUGUAGCCAACUGCCACAUAAAUAUGAGUAGUUUUUCUAAAAUGUUAUAUGUAGUUGACCUUUUAAGAAAUUUUUUUUUUGUAGGACCAGGAAAAAUGCCAGUUGCAGUCUUAUCAAAAUUAACUGACUAGAAUUUAGAAAUUAAGUAUGUUAAAUUGAUGGCUUAUUUCUGAGUAAAUUUUUCGUAUUUUAGAUUGUGGGAUUUCUUCUGAGUGUCUAAGAAUGUUUUACUGCUGUUAUUGCCAUUUGGCAGUUAAAAUGUUUAUAAACAUUUAAGCAUUAACCACCCCUCUUCAGAUAAGUGUAUGUAAAUCAGGCCUAAAAGUUAGUCUUUUAAGUUAAAGAAAUAUCCUACGACUAGGGAACUUUUCUGUUAGUUAUUCUAAAAAAUGUUUAGUGGACUCCCAGGCGUAUCUUUGGAACUGAAUUCUUUUCGGCAUCUGUUAUGUCAUUGAUGAGAUGCCUUAUUAACUGAAUGGGUGUAGGCUUCCUUUUAAAUGAAAGCUAAUUGCAUGAAGUAGAUUUUUGUUUUUCUUCUGUACUUGGAAUUAAAUGAAAUCUAUUGGAGGGUUGUUAAAAUUGUUUGCUCACAAGCAGGUAGUUUCAGUAACAGGAUAGGGACACUCAUGAGAAACAAAUUUCAAUUCGCACAUAUUUGUUUUUCUUUUUCUUUUUUUUGACUAAUUUGGUUAUUUGCCAUUUCUGGGGAUUAAACUUUAAAAAAUGUUCUUCUUUUCUGUAUCUGAUGUUCUGUGUGCUAUUAGUGAUGCAGCCAACACGAACGGUUGUCAUGUGUAACACAACUUUCGAUCACCGCGAAAACACCGUCCUGGGAAAGCGUCCAUGCUUGAUAUCGUUUGGUUCAUGAACAUUAAGUUUCCAGUACAGGUAAAAUCCCAGAGGAAUCUAAAGCCCUCUCUUUACUGGCUCCUGCUCCAACCAUGACAAGUCUGAUGCCUGGUGCAGGGUUGCUUCCCAUACCAACCCCAAAUCCCUUGACUACACUUGGUGUUUCACUUAGCAGUUUGGGAGCUAUACCAGCAGCAGCUCUAGACCCCAACAUUGCAACACUUGGAGAGAUACCACAGCCACCACUUAUGGGAAAUGUGGAUCCUUCCAAAAUUGAUGAAAUUAGGAGAACGGUUUAUGUUGGAAAUUUGAAUUCACAGACAACGACAGCUGAUCAGCUACUUGAAUUUUUUAAACAAGUUGGAGAAGUGAAGUUUGUACGGAUGGCAGGUGAUGAGACUCAGCCAACUCGGUUUGCUUUUGUGGAAUUUGCAGACCAAAAUUCUGUACCAAGGGCCCUUGCUUUUAAUGGAGUUAUGUUUGGAGACAGGCCACUGAAAAUAAAUCACUCCAACAAUGCAAUAGUAAAACCCCCUGAGAUGACACCUCAGGCUGCAGCUAAGGAGUUAGAAGAAGUUAUGAAGCGAGUACGAGAGGCUCAGUCAUUUAUCUCAGCAGCUAUUGAACCAGAGUCUGGAAAGAGCAAUGAAAGAAAAGGCGGUCGAUCUCGUUCCCACACUCGUUCAAAAUCCAGGUCUAGCUCAAAAUCCCAUACCAGGCGGAAAAGAUCACAGUCAAAACACAGGAGUAGAUCCCAUAAUAGGUCACGUUCAAGACAGAAAGACAGACGUAGAUCUAAGAGCCCACAUAAAAAACGCUCUAAAUCUAGGGAGAGACGAAAGUCAAGGAGUCGUUCGCAUUCACGGGACAAGAGAAAAGACACUCGGGAAAAGAUCAAGGAAAAGGAAAAAGUCAAAGAAAAAGAUAAAGAAAAGGAAAGGGAAAAAGAGAGAGAGCGGGACAAGGAACGUGAAAAAGAAAAAGAACGGGGUAAAAACAAAGAUAAAGACCGUGAUAAAGAACGGGAAAAAGACAAGGAAAAGGACAGAGAGAGAGAGCGGGAAAAAGAUCAUGAAAAGGAGCGAGACAAAGAGAAGGAAAAGGAACAGGACAAAGAAAAGGAACGUGAGAAGGACAGAUCCAAAGAGAUAGAUGAGAAAAGGAAGAAGGAUAAAAAAUCCAGAACACCACCCAGAGGUUAUAAUGCAUCAAGAAGAUCUCGUAGUUCUAGCAGGGAAAGGCGUAGGAGGAGGAGCAGGAGUUCUUCCAGAUCACCAAGAACAUCGAAAACCAUAAAAAGGAAAUCAUCUAGGUCUCCAUCUCCUAGGAGCAGAAAUAAGAAAGAUAAAAGGAGAGAAAAAGAAAGGGACCACAUCAGUGAAAGGAGAGAGAGAGAACGUUCAACCUCUACAAGAAAGAGUUCUAAUGACAAAGAUGGGAAGGAGAAGUUGGAGAAGAACAGCACUUCACUUAAAGAAAAAGAGCACAAUAAAGAACCAGAUUCAAGUGUGGGCAAAGAAGUAGAUGACAAAGAUGCUCCAAGGACUGAGGAGAACAAAGUACAGCAGAAUGGGAAUUGCCAGCCAAAUGAAGAAAAUCUUUCUGCUAAAACAGAAGCAGUAUAGGACAGACAAAUGCACCUGUAAUCUCAACGCUGGAAUAAAAUCCAAAGCUCUGAAUUCUCUCAACAAGAUGUAAACUCUGAAGAAAUUCGGUUGAACAUAUAGGUCUAACAGCUUUUCCAGUUGUUAGGUGACUUUGUGGCCAUCUUGUUACUGCAUAAGAAAGUAAAGCAUGGACAUCAUAAGAAUAACAGAUGUUACUCAGACUCCUCAUCAUCUAAAAUCUGUGUGUUUCCAUGGUGGCUGACACACUUGUCAUGUGGUUUGUUAGUGUUUGCCAAGAACCAUUGCAAAUAAAUGGAACAUCAAAGAUCCAAAUUUGUACUAUCCAUCAAGACUGAAGAUAAGCAUUGGAGGCUCUUUUUAAAAACGCUAGUAAUUGAAUUUUGUAUUGUUUUACCUUUUUUUUUUUUAUUUUCUAUAUAUACAGUUUGAUGAUGUGUUCAAAAUCAGUGCAAAUACAUAUAAACAUCCUUGUAAGUACAAAGUAUGUAAGAAGUUUUAACAUUUACUUCACAGGAUUUACAGUGAUGUGUUAAAUUCUCACUAUUGUGUUUUCUUUUGCUCACUGUUUAGGAAGUGGUUUUUCUUUAAAUAGUUUUACAGAUUAAAAUUGCUUAAAUAAGUGGAUUACAAAAUAACUGACAAUGCAUGCUACUGUUAUAUUUAAAAAGGAAGAGCAACUGUGUUGAAUACUAAUAAUAAUGUGUUAGUAUUCAGUGUUAGAAUCAUUAGGUCUCCCCACAAAGUGAGCAUUUCUUUUUGAACUUUCAUGACAUUUCCAAGCUUAUUAUGAAUAAUAUUGCAGUGUGUCUUGUCAACUAUAGGUGGCAAAGGUGCCCUUAUAAAAAGGAAACUGGGUUUUCAAAAUGGGCUAUGGGAGCACAAGCUGAAGCUUUAGUGCCUUCUAAAAUGUGGUAUACUGUUUUCUAGAAUUUUAUAUGUACUAGUCAUUCAUAUGGAAUUUAGAUGGAUAUUCCAUUUACAUCCACAGAGAAGUGUGAAAGUGGUAUGUAAGAAGAGCUUCUUACUUAGUUCAACUAAUAAUUGAGAGGGAAUUCCCAUUUUCAAGUAUGGCUUUAGAGCUUAAAACACAAAUGCAGUUUGGGGACCAUUAGUUUUAUACUGUGAUACACUGAAAAUGAAGCAUGUUUUUAUUUUACUUAAAUCAAAGGAAGCCCUUUAGUUGUCUAUAUUAGAUGGCCUUAACUAUUACCUCUCAAUCAUCUUCUCAUAAAUGAUGUACAGAAAUUAUUCCCAAAGGGAGGACUGGGAGUAUUCGUGAGGUUAUUUGUUAAUAUGUUUAAGAUAUGUUUACUUGAGUUUAAAAUAUAGGUCAUCUGUCAUUCUUAGGCUCACUUUUUAUGGAAAGUAUGCAAGUAGUAAAAUUACAACAUUGCCAGUGUUUUUCCUUAAAAUCUAACUCAUGGUUUCAGAACUCUUUCCAUUGUUAGAUUUCCAAAAAAAUAAUACUUUUUAAUUAGUAUGUUAUUUUAAAAAAUCAAGUAUAAUUAUUUUAAUGCAACCUAAUACAAUCAAAUUACUGAGUUGCCUUACCUCAUGGGAAGAGUUACUUUUAUGGAUUAAAAAAGUCAAGUAGCAUAAGUAACUUGGUUUCAACUUGAUUUUUCUUUUAAUGUUGAGACUGUUUAAACUAAACUUAAGUGUUUGGAAAAUGGGAAGAAUUGCCCUUAUUGCAAGUAAUGAAGCCUGGUUUGAUUAUGAAGCUGCUUAAUCACUCUUCAUGUGUUUAGAUUGCUGUGUUUUUUUGUGUGUGUGUUUGUUUUUUCCUUUUUGUCACUGUGUACAUUAAAAUUUUGGAAAAUGCUUUACUAUGUAAAGUAUAGAUGGUCAUUUUAAUUAUUCAGCCAUGUACGGUUGGCUGGUAAGCAGCUUAUUCUGAUACAAGAAUGCUUGUGUGCUUAUGGUAAGAUUGUGAAAGUGUGUGUCUUGCAUCAACAGCUAUUUUAUUUAUGAUUUGUAAGUAGAAUAGAGCAAAUGUUUGAAUCUGUUAUUUUUAGUACCAUUGCUUUAAUAAAGCUAAGUAUUUUAGAGGCAAGUAUUUGUUUAUGCAUUUCAAAAAAGCAUCGUAGUUUAAUCCUACUCUGAUUUUAGUUGGCAUAGGAUGUUUUGACAUGGGGUGUGCAUGUUUGUGUCGAGUCUAUAAAACAAUCCUUUAAAAUUUGAGUGUUUUCUUGUCCUCUAGACUAUUAAAUGUUUCUUUUGUUAGUAGUUAACAUAUUUAGUUUGUUCUUGCUAAUGUUUUUCCUGCUGGUGAUAUUUAUUAGCUUUAAAAUAAUAGUACUAAUCUUGAAAGACACUGAUUUUUAAAAGUUGGCAAUAAAUAGGAAUACAAGA